AUGGCGCCGACCACUCGGUCCAGCACGAAACGCUCCGCCAGCGAUACAGCAAAUUCCAACCCAUCCGAUAACAAAGGAGGAGGCCAGGCUAAGAAGGCUCGAAGUGUCCCUGCUUCCGUUGCAGCAGGCAAGGUCACCAACACGCGUUGCCGUCUCCUUGAGUUACCUGCAGAGAUCCGCAAUCGUAUCUACAACUUCGCUGAAAAGGAUUACGGUGUCGAAGAUUUUGCGCCACUUCUCCGCCCUCUUAAACCAGUCGCGCCGCGUAACGCUUGGUUCCGCAGUUUCAUCGGUCUCGCGCAGACAUGUAAGCAACUUCGUGCCGAGUAUCGUCCGCUCUUCCUUCGCGCCCUCCAAGUCCGUAUUCGUCUUGGGCAACUGGACGACUUCUUCGCCACAUUCUACCCCAACACUCCUGAAGACUAUCAGCAUGCACCCACACGGUUCCAGAUCUCUUGGAAUGUUGGCAAGGACGGCAAGUCGGGGGUGAUGUACGAUAUCACGCGCCUACUCCAGCUGCAAGCGUUCAGCUCGACGUUCAACGUGGACUUUGUUCCUCAUCAGGUUGCGCAAGGACUUUGGCCUGGAAACAGAAUUUCCCGAGCACACGUAUACGACUCCGACGAAGACGUGUUCCUUAACGAGACCGAGGAAUGUACCUGUGACAUGUAUCACGAUUUCGACCUGAGGGACUGGAUGAUCACCAUGGACGACGAGGUACACGCCCACGUCCACCAUCUUCAAGAGUUCAUCCUCAACAACAACGAGGCAUGGCUCAAGGAUCUUCGUCAGCACAAAAUGAGUAUUCAAUGCUUCUUCAACGACGAUACUUACCAGUGGACAAUCGACAUCAGCCUCAACGGACCCAUCGAGGAAGUAAUGCUUGAUGGAGUGGUUGCACCUUCGCACGUCUGGAGAUACCUCAAAGUGCGCGGCAUGUUACAGAACUCUCGACUUGGCGAGAAGCUUGACAUGGACUUCAUUGUCAAGUACGAGGAGGCGUUGACUGUCAGGAUGGGCGAUUCGCGUGAGGUCACUACCUCAGUGAUGAAAAAGGUUCACAUUAGGUCGACUAAGAAGUAA